CUCUAGCUUUGUAUGUGAUAUCUACGGUCACUAGCACAAGGACUGCCAUCUUGCUAGUUUUCGUAGCAAUAUAAACGGAAUUGUCACAUUUAAGUUCCUAUUUAUUCCUGGCAGUUGAACGCCUGCUACAGACAUGUGGUAUGAAAUUCUGCCCGGCCUCAGCAUCAUGACGGUGUGUCUAAUCAUUCCUGGCGUUGCCACCGCACAAAUCCAUAAAUUCACCAAUGGUGGCAAGGAGAAAAGAAUCGCCCGGUAUCCGUGGCAGUGGUACCUGAUGGAGCGAGACAAGCGGGUAUCGGGAACGGGACGCUACUUUGAAUCCAAGGGACUCGAGAAUAUCCACUGAUCAGAAGAACGACACGGAAUAAAAUAAUUUGUUGUACAUUAAAAGCAAAAUUUAUCUGGCAUUAA